AUGUCAUCCGCCCCCUCAAACCUCAACAUCGAGACCAAAAACGUCCAAACCGCCCCCGGCGUCACCCUCUCAGAGCAACAAAACACCAUCGUAGGCUCCGUCCUCGACCUCUUCGCGGGCCGCCCCUCGCUCCCCAAACUGCAACUCUGGCGCGACGACGCCACCUUCACGGACCCCAUCACCAUCGCCGAGGGACGUGAGAAGUACUCUGCGCAAUGGUACGGACUGCAGAGUGCGUUUAGCGAGAUCGAGAGACUCAACCACCAGGUUAAGGAUGCGGGGAACCCGAUUCUGAUGGAUUUGAGGACGAGAUAUGUUAUUAAGGGGCUGAAUAAGGAGCAGUUGAUUCAGAGUGUUGUUGCUAUUCAUUUGGAUGAGCAGGGCAAGAUUAAGAAGGUCGAGGAUAAGUGGGAUGGCAAGUUGCCGGAUAGCAGUAUUGCGAACGCUUUCCGUCACUUGAACGCUGUCAGCGUACCCAAGUUCGUCGGUGUACCAAAGAACGACGAGGAGGAUGCGAAGAGGGGAAACCAGUAG